GUGGGAGAAAGUGAAAGAGGGACGGGUGGUUGAGUGAUUAUGUGCGAAGGAGGUGCAUGUGUGUGUGUGCAUGUGUGUCUGGAGAGGUACGCCACUCUCUCUCUCUACCACUUCAGCCAACAUCCUGAAGCGGGCCACUCCACUCCACUCCACCCCCUCCUCUCCCCUCUCCUCCGGACCCACGCAUGGACUCAAGCAGCUUGAAAAGAAGGCAGUGAGGUAAGGCAACUUUUCAGAGGAGAGAUAAAUGGUGAAAGGGAAGUCUGCUGUUGAUUUCCUGGACUUGGGUGUUGGAGAUACAAUAGGAGGCAAUCCCCUUUUCCUGUGUGUGUUUUCUGUCCGCCCUCACCAGCGGGAGCAGGAACUGGGCUGAAGAAGACUUCUGGAUGCAGCAGCAAAGAGGAGGACCAGCCAAAAGAGGAGAAAGUGAUAAAACAGAGACAGGAGCAGCAGGAGUUGGACUGAGAAGACAGGGGGAAGACAGAGUCAGAAUCUCGAGGGACUUUUUAAAGAGCAGACAGAAGAAGUAAUAGGAGGUAAAGGGGACCAAAGAAGGAACUCACCUGACUCACUUCUCUGCUCUGCCAGGAGGAACAACUUCCUUCCUUCCCUCUCCUCCCUCCCUUCCCUUUCCCUCUCCCCUGACAUGGGCCGCCUGCUGGCCCUGACCCUUGCCCACCUGGCCUACCUGCUGGCCACCGCGAUCGCCUCGGAGCGCCAACAGCACCACGUGCAGCACGGCCCCUGCAGCUACACCUUCAUCCUCCCCGAGGUGGAGCACUGCCAUCCAUUAAAAGACUUCCAGGUCACCAACACCCUCCAGAGGGACUCCCCGCCUGAGGCAGAGCCUGAGUCAAGCCAAUCCAAGCCGGGAAAGGCCCAAAAGGAGAGGCCUUCCUGGCAGGAGAGGAAGCUGGAAAAUCUAGAGAGCGCCAUGGAGAAUAACACCCAGUGGCUGCAGAAGCUGGAGAACUUCAUCCAGGAGAAUGUGCGCUCUGGGAUGGAGGAAAUGAAAAGAACUGCGGUACACACCCAGACAGCUGCCAUGCUGGAGAUGGGAACCAACCUCCUCAGCCAAUCAGCGGAGCAGACUCGCAAACUGACAGACGUUGAGACCCAGGUGUUAAACCAGACAAGUCGCCUGGAGAUCCAGCUGCUUGAGUACUCGCUCUUCACUAACCGGCUGGAGAAACAUAUUCUCCUGCAGACUCAGGAGAUCUCACGCCUCAGUGAUAAAAACAGUUUUCUGGAGCAGAGGCUCUUAGCGCUGGAGGCUCGGUAUGGGAGGGAGCUGCAGGGCUUGCAGAGCGAAAAGCAGCAGCUUCAAGAGCUUCUGGAGAGGCAGAGUCGACUGGUCAGUCAGCUCCAGGGCGAACUGGGCAGCUCCACGCUUAACAGCACCUUACUACAGAGACAGCAGGCCGUGCUCACGGACACGGUUCAGCAGCUGCUGGCUAUGGUCAACCACUGCAACGAAAUCUCCAAUAUGCCCAAGGAGGAGCCGCUCAGUUUCAGGGACUGCGCGGAGAUCCUGCGAUCCGGAGUGACAGAGAGUGGAAUAUAUAGCAUACGCCUCCCGAACUCCACGCAGACUGUCAAGGUGUUCUGUGACAUGAAGACUAGCGGUGGAGGGUGGACGGUGCUGCAGCAUCGGAGAAAUGGCUCCCUAAACUUCCACCGUGUCUGGAGGGACUACAAAAUGGGCUUUGGAGAGCUGUCUGGGGAACACUGGCUGGGGAAUGAUAUCAUCCACAGGCUGACCAGCUCGCAGGAAUACAGUCUGCAUGUCCAGCUAAAAGACAGAGAGGGGAACGAAGCUUUCUCGCAUUACGAUCGCUUCUACAUAGACGGAGAGGACAACAACUACAGCCUUCACGUCGAGGGCUUCAGUGGCACAGCUGGACGGACGAGCAGCCUCACCCACACUGGCACCCAGUUCAGCACCAAGGACAGAGACAACGACCGCUGCACCUGCAAGUGCGCUCAGCUCGCAUCUGGAGGUUGGUGGUUUGAGGCUUGCGGUCCAUCCAACCUGAAUGGCAUAUAUUACCCCAGCUCAUCCAGUGUGAUUCGCUACAACGGUAUUAAGUGGUACUAUUGGAAGGGUCCUAACCUGAUGGCGACCAUGACAACCAUGAUGGUGCGCCCAGCAAACUUCUGACGGCAUGGCUUGGCCUCCAAUCAAUAUAAUGAACAAUAUCCAGGAAAAUGUAUAUAUUGGGAGGAAAUUCGAAUCUGACUGUUGAUGCUUUAAGCUUCUGGACAUUUUGAAGCAUGGCUUUGGCAACUACCUGAGGACAUGUGCUGACUUUGAGCAAAUGACUGUGGUUUGAGUGAAUUCCUGAGUAAGAAAUUCAAUCAACAAUAUCAUUUACAAAGUUGCCCAGAUAUUUCAAUAUGGGCAACUUGGACAGGAAGAAGGUAUGAGCUUUUCUAUAAAUUACAAAACACAACUGAUCACGUCAUAUUUUAACAUAUGAUCAGUAACUCAACUUAAAAUAAAAUUCAACUGAUUAAUGCAUAAACUCUUAGAGACACUUUAUAGCAAUACCUAUUUUCAUAUCAAAGUCUGAAAACGCGUCUGUUUGUUUGCUGUAAAUAAAUAUGACCAAACUGCAAUAAUUCAGACACCGCUUUGUAUAUAUUUUACAGAAUGUCAAGUGAUUAAAGGGACAGUUCACCCCAAAAUCCAAAAUACAUAUUUUCCCUCUUACCUGUAGUGCUGCUUAUCAAUCAUAUUGUUUUGGUGUGAGUAGCUGAGUGUUGGGAUAUCAGCUGUAGAGAUGUCUGCAUUCUCUCAAAUAUAGUCAAACUAGAUGGGACUCAGCUUUUGGUGUUCAAAGCACCAAAAAAAUACAUUUGAGAAACUCAUCAGCAACGUCUCAUUCCAGAAAUCAUCCAUCCAUCCAUUUUCUAACCGCUUAUCCUCCUGAGGGUCGACUGGAGCCUAUCCCAGGUGACAUUGGGCGAGAGGCAGGGUACACCCUGGACAGGUCACCAGACUAUCACAGGGCUGACACAAAGAGAUUCUCACAUUCACACCUACGGACCAUUUAGAGUCACCAAUUAACCUGCAUGUCUUUGGACUGUGGGAGGAAGCUGGAGCACCCGGAGAAAACCCACAUUGACACAGGGAGAACAUGCAAACUCUGCACAGAAGGGCUCCUCCACCCGGGAUCGAACCAGGAACCCUCUUGCUGUGAGGCGAUGGUGCUAACCACCACACCACCGUGCCGCCCAUUCCAGACAUCAUCACCCGCUUAUUAAGGAUAUUCCAAAGACUUUGUUGUGAGCAGUUUCAUUUAGGAACUAUUUCUUCUACAGAACUACACCCACCAGCCGUAUCACUGCUCAGAAGGAAGAGUGCAUCUACUGUUGGACAAGAGGCUCGUGCCUGAGUGCAAGAUGUAAAUAUUAUUGUGUCCUCCUCAGCUGGGCUUUAACAUUAGCUAGCUCAGUGGUGCUAGGUGAGCUAGCAGUAGACGUAUGCUUGUUUUUUUUUCUUUAUCAUCAAAAAUACAAAUAUUAACAAUAAAACAUCCGAACAAAUCUUCGAUACAAGUGCAUCAAAAGAAACACAACUACUCAAGCAUGUUGAAAUAAAUACAUCAAAACAAAUUUUAAAAAAAAAAGCAAAAAGAGGAAGUGAAUAAAUGAAAACUAUAAAAUAAAGAAAAACCAGGGUGUCAUCAACAUUGAUUCUACACAAUCUCGUUCUCUCCAUAAAAAGAGACAUUCCUCUCUAUCAACUGCAUACAUGAGCUUUACAUACGCACUACAGAGAUUCCUCAACAUAAUACAGGGAUCAGUGUUUACAGAGCAUAAUUCCUGGACAAGAACAGAGCAUGUCUAAUGCCGCAUUCACAUGAAAUCAGGCAGACGGGAGACAUCUGCUGGACGGAACGGGAGAAAUAAACAAGGUCUAAUGGAACGGCACGACGGCAAAAUGAGACACACGUGACUCAUGACACAUGAUUGUUGCUAUGGCGAUGUUUUGGGGCUACAGAGAGCUAAUGUUAGCCAGAUAGCUCGCUAAGCUAAUAAAGCAAUUCACAACGUUAAGUUUCAUAUUAUGUACCUGGUAUUCCACCCAGCUCUGCGCUAAUCGCGUCCCAUAUGUACGCCUUCUUGGAAGCAUCAUGGUAGGCUUUUAAAGUUUGGUCAUAUAAUUCUGGGUGCUGCUGCACCAAAAGCACUAGCUUUUCGUUGUCGAGUUCUGCCAUGUUUUCUUUUCUGUUUUGAAACUACGUCACACCCGGUUGAGUAUUCCAUGGCCGGUGAACGGUAAAAGUUAAAAUAUUUUAACUUUGGUCGGCACUCAAAGUGGUGAUAUGGUUCUUUAGAAAGAAAAUAGUUCCAACAUGAAACUGCUCACAACAAGGCCUGUCGAUUAUCUUGAGCAAUUGGGUCACGAUUUCUGGACAGAGACAUUGCUGAUGAGUUUUUCUUAAUUAUUUACUUGGCGCUUUGAGCACCACAAGCUAUCUAGUACUACUAUACUGGAGAGAAGGCAGCAAUCUCUAUGGCUGAUAUCUCCAACACACUGCAACUCACACCAAAAAAGUCUGGACUGAUAAGUAGCACUACAGAUAAGAGGAAAUAUAUGUAUCAUUGAUUUUGGGUUGAACUCUCCCUUUAAAAAUAUAUACACCCCACUAUAAAGUCUUAAUUUCACACUAAGUGCUUUAUUGACUUUGGUUGUUGUGAUUUGUGUAACGUCUGGUAUUAAGUUAUAUUUCUCCUUUGCAAUGGCCUGAUUGUAACUUUUCCAGUAGCAUCACCAGGCUGUAAAAUAUCAGUACUUGUUUAUAACUGUAGUUGAGUCCAUACACAAUAUAACAUACAAUAACCUACAGUGACUUCAAUGGUUUACCACUGUUAUAAAACAACACCAUAAAGAACAGCAACAAUAACAGGCUUUGCCCUUUGCUGUAUCUUCCAAAGGGCUUUUCAGAAUGAAAUAUUCCCCAUUCUUUCCAGGCACACCUCUCGUAAAACUUUAUUUGUGAGAGAUUUCGCUCAUAAAAGUACAUCAUACACUUUCACUGGUGUGAUUUACUUUCAAAAAUGAAACAUUUGUAAUAACAUCUGGGAACAAAGUAGUAAAUUCAGUUUUUACUUUGUUAAAACAAUAAAACCAUAUACAGUCUUCGGUGCCUAUGAUCAGCAGUGCCAGGUGCUUGUUACCAUGCAAGCUACAUAAACCCCAACAAGCCUCGCAUGCUGGACUCAGGAAGUCAGAUGGGAACUGUCGAGCAUUGAUCUGAUGAAUCAUCCAAUAACACCGGUCCCUGUGGUAUCCAUUAGAAAGCGGAUGGGUUUCACCUCGGCUAACUAUGACCUGGAUGUCCCGGUGUACGCUGGGGACAGCAGCCAUUGCUAACUGGACACACAUGGAUGUCAGCUGGCCGUGUCUACAAUGUCUGCUAAUUGCUGUGUUUCAUUCACAGACAGAAGAACACUUAAAGAGCUCAUCAUCUUUGCCAAACGCAGCACCCAGUAUGAUUCACUUCUGACUGCUGCAAAUUUAAUGCAACUGCAGAUAUAAGACAACAGGCGUAAUGAGCUGUGAGCCAGGUCUCUGUGUUUUCACGUCGUACUUAUUCAAAUCAUUUUCAGAGAUGCGUAAGAAAGAAAUAUAUUCUGAAUGAAAAAGGAGACCGCUCAUUUUUUUUUUUUAUAAAUAAAUAGCUUAAAUAAAUAGCUUUUCUGUGCGUGGCUUCACCGAAUCUGUGAAGGACUUAUGUACGCUCAACUGCCUUUGAUUUACUACUCUAUUAGAAAAUAUGCGGGAGCGGCUCAGGACAGUAAAACUACUCAAAGGGAUAACAGCGCUGCCACUGUGCCUGACCGCAGCUUAAAUGUGUGUGAAUAAAUAAAUAAUGCAAUCAUGCUUGAAUCUGUAAUGAAACAACAAAUAUCAUCACAAGUGGAUGGAGCUAUGGAUAUACAACUCACAGGCUGUGACAAGACCUGCACCACAUAACAUCACACACCGUGCAAGCAGAAAAGCACCCACACACAUUCACACUCACACACCCAUGCUCUGCUUUCAUGCGGUGACCCCACUGCUAAACAAGUUUAUUACGACCUCCAAGGGCUGGACAGGCGAUAGAUCACAGCGGGGGAGGCCAGGGGUGAAUCCAUCAAAGCGACUUUAAUAAAGACCACUUGAUUUGGCCUGCUGGCUCAACAGAUGAAAUGGUUGUGUUCAGGUCCAGUGAAGCAGACCAGAGUCUGGGAUGCAUCGCUUCUCUACUCGUCCCAGUCCCUGUUUAUCAGACGGGUUAUUUGUAGGCGCAGUGGCAGAGAAACAAAGAGAUCAUAACUUUAGCACUGGGUUACAAUAUUAUCAAUAUUUGUGUCAGGCUGGUAACGUAUGUGCUGGUUCUCACAGUGGUGGACUUAAGGGGAAGAGUUCAUUUCACUCUUUGAAAAAAAGGGAAUAUUUGAAACAGACUUUUCUAACUACAGAUCUGAUGUUCAUCUGUAUUAGCUCCUUGUGCACAGUGCAAACAGAUCUACAAUCUAAUACUUAAGCACUACAUUGGCAGGUCCAUCAUUACAAGUCCAUGUUGUUGGGACGAGCAUUGCUCAAGACUUAAUUUUGAAUUCCAGUCAGACCCAAAGAUUUUCAAAGGUGCCAAAUAUGUCAUACAGUACUGAGACUCCUUAUGAAAUGAUGGAAAACACGUUUCAAAUCUCCCAAUUAAAGGAAGCUUUUUGGAUUUUUAUUUCCCGUCAUAUAAGUAGCAUGGCGCAAUGAAACAAGCAGAUGCAUAACAUACAGUUAGGGUGUCGCAAUACACCUGUGAUAUUUAAAAAGGAAAUGCUGAUAUCAUGUUAAUAAUACACAUAUGUAAAGCAGUAUAAAUAAUCCAGUGCCUCUGAAGCCAUUUCUGUUUCUUUCCAUUUUUAAUAGGUCUCCCUUCCCCAACGCCAUCUGGUCGCCUUUUCACUAUCCAUUAAUAAAGUUAUUUGAUUUCUUUUUGUACGAUUUUGUACAGUCAUGGUUACAGACUCUC